GCCCACAAGUUUACCAUGUCUAUAAAAAGAUGACAGAUGUGCCAACUUAAUGCACAUAUGCGAACGAAUCUACUGGUUAAAACAUCUAUUUAUAUUUAUAAGCGGGAGUUGAAAUUAAAGAGAACAUUUUACACAGAAUGUGCGAUAAUUCUAGCAAGAAUAAUGCGGUUACUUCAGAUUCAGAACUCGAAGCAAAACUGAGGCAGCUGACGAUGUUGAAGCAUUCCAGUACUAAUGGUCAGGCAAGAGGCCUGUUGAACUCGACUAACGGGGAAUCCAGUCAAGAUCAGGGGAAAUUGAAAGUAGCGGUUAACGGCAAAGAGAAUGAUUCUGAAGAAGAAAGGUUUGACGAUAUUUCCACACAUUUCAAAAGUAUUUUAGAAAAUCUAGGCGAAGAUCCAAGUCGACAAGGUCUUCUUAAAACCCCACAAAGAGCUGCCAAAGCUCUGAUGUAUUUUACAAAAGGAUAUAAAGAGAAUAUUGAAGAUGUUUUAAAUGAUGCUAUAUUUGACGAAGAUCACGAUGAAAUGGUUAUUGUUAAAGAUAUAGAAAUGUUUUCUUUAUGUGAACAUCAUUUAGUGCCUUUUAUGGGAAAAGUUUCCAUAGGAUAUUUACCAAAUAAGAAAAUUCUGGGUCUAAGUAAAUUAGCAAGGAUAGUGGAAAUUUUUAGUAGAAGAUUACAAGUACAAGAAAGAUUAACUAAACAGAUAGCUGUUGCUAUAACAGAAGCUAUAUCUCCUGCUGGUGUUGGGGUAGUCAUCGAAGCAACUCAUAUGUGUAUGGUAAUGAGAGGUGUACAGAAGUUAAACAGUAAGACAGUAACAAGUACAAUGCUCGGUGUAUUCCGAGAAGAUCCAAAAACCAGGGAAGAAUUCCUCACAUUAGUUAGACAUUGAAAAUUAUAUUUAUAGCAUUUGGAAACAAAUAAAUGAGCUUAGUGUACACCAUGAUAUCUCAACCAUAAUAGGCCUAAAUUGAUAACUAACUUUAAUGUGUCAGAUAUUACAGGGAUUUUUGGUACUGUUCUUUAUACAUACAUUUGUCAUAAUUGUCCCCCACCUUUCGAAGAAAGCAGGUGACUAUUCAAAUGGGUUCGUCCGCUUGUCUGUCAGUCCAUCACACUUUUUGGAGGACACAAUAACUAUCCUUCUAAUUGAGCUAGAAUGUUCAAACUUGGUGUAGGUGUUUAUUAGGUCAAUGCCUGGAUGGAGUUCGAAGAUGAGCAUUUUCUGCUUAGGGUAAGCAAAGAUAAGCAAUUUGAUUGCUUGAUGCUUUGGGACACGAUAACUAUAGUUCAAAUUCAGUGAGAGUGAGGACACAUGGUGUAUAGUUUUAUCACAUCAAUACCUUGACUAAGUUCCAUAAUAAGCAUUUUCUGCUUAGGGUAAGCAGAGCGAUAAGCAAUUUGAUUGGUUGAGACUUUGGAACUCGAUAACUCUGCUUCUAAUUGAGGUAGAAUGUUCAAACUUGGUGUAGGCGUUCAUUAGGUGAGUGCCUUGAUGAUGAACAUUGUCUGCUGACGGUAAGCAGAGAUAAGCAAUCUGAUUGGUUGAUGAUUUGGGGCACAAUAACUUUGGUUUUAAUUAAGUGAGAGUGAUGAAACUCUGAGUUUGGAUUCAUUAUAUCAUUAUACCAUGACUAAGUUUGAUGAUGAGAAUUUUCUGCUUAGGCUAAGGAUCGAUGAGCUUUGGAACAUAACAAAUGUGUGAUUAAUGAAUAUGUGUCAUCUAUUUGUUUUGUGAUUUCGGCGGGGGACAUCAGGCUCACUGCUGGCUUGUUUAUUAUGGAACAUGUUAACAAAGUUUUUGUCAAAUGAAUUGUUGUUAUUUACAUCCUGCUGUUAAAGACAUACUUCCAUCAGCCCCCCACUAGUCAUAUUCCUGAACUUUAUGAGAGACAUUCAAUAUUUCUGAAGUUGUUUCUUAUCAUCUGUGGUGGUUAUAUACAAUAAAUAUAUAAUGUAUUGUUUUAAUUUACAAGUAAAAAAUUAGAGAUUUAAACAGGCAUCAUGCAAGAGCUGAGUCUGCCUAUUGUAGGCCUUUUUUGGGCCUUAUGUGCUAUAUAAACUAUUAAUUAGACAUUAUUAACAUGACAAGACCAUAAUCAACUCUCAAUGCCAUUGGAUAGGCCCGAUUUCAAGUAGAUUAGAAGGUUUGGCCAUUUAAUAAUUUAAUUUAAAAAUGGUGAAACAAGACUAAGCCUCUAAACAACCAAUGCACUGGUUACAAUUAAUGCACAGAUCUUGUCAAACCUUCAAAUAUCUUCACUCAGAAUUAAGUAAUUUGAAUGAAAUUUUAUAUAUGUUCAUAUUGUAUUAUCUGUUUUAGAACUAUUAUAGCAAGAACGGCCAGCUGUGUAUCUAAAUCUUACAUAAUGUGUCUUUAAGUACAAGUAUUUAAUAGAUUUGAAUGCACCUAAACCUGCAUGAUAUAAUAUAAAUAAACCUACAUGUUAUAUAAAAAACCCUACAUGAAAUGAUAGAAAUACCUACAUCUUAUAAUAUAAAAAAAACCUACAAAAGGGAUUCUUUUGCCGUUAUUUUAUACGAAUGGCAAUAUGAUUCUCGGUGACAAAAUAAAAUAACCAUAAACAAGUCAAGUUAUAUAAAGCCAUUUUUUGUGGUGGUUUAUUUCUUUUUGAAAUUUAUAAGAAAAGUUUUGAGUACAUGAAAUAAAUUGGGGUAUUCAUGAUACAUUAAUGUCAUAAUUUUCUUGACUAUCUUGUUUUUACAAUGAAUAGUUCAUUUGAUGUAUUCAAUAUAUUUUUAAAAAAAUCUUUUAUCAUUUAAUUUUAUCACAUAUUUUAAUUUCAUCACACAGGAUUAACAAAAUUUCCUUAUAAAUACAAGUAGUACAUGUCAUUUCUUAAAUAUUACACUUAAGUCUUAUUAGUAUUGCAGAGGAGGAAACCGGUGUUAAUGGGAUUGUUCUUAGUGUAAUUAAAUUUACAGGGAGUGGCAACAGGAAUGGGUAGGGAUACAUUUACACACCAAAGGGCAUUUAAGAUUAUAAUUAUAGCUGCCAGUGAAAAUUAUGUUAUAAAUUAUUCAAAUAAUAUGUUAUUAAUUAAAUUUGGUGUUAUAAGUGUUGUUGUUAUAAAAUAUUAAAGAUUUUAUUGGAAUAUUGAUA